AAAAAGCCUUGGCAGUUAUUAGAUUUGAUGCAAACCAUGGACUGAUCGUCAGGAAGGAUGUCAUUCCAUUUGUAAGCUUUGGCAGUUCUGUAUCCACCAACCCAUGUGUCACAGCUAGGCAUGAGACAGGUAGAGUUGGGAAACGCGGUGUGGGCCCGAGUGUAGUAGACUCUGUGGCAACUCGGAGGAAGGAGCAGACGAGGUUGACUCAGUCGGCGGAAGUAGACAACUGAAACUAUCUAAUUCAUCCGCAAGGUGAUCAAUAGUCUCAAUAAUGAUAAUAGUUUACUUAUUUCAAUUUGGCAGUUCAUGCAUAGGUUCCAAUUUUUUCUUCUAUAAGUACCCAUCGCAUGCAACCUCAGCAACAUCUUUCCCCUCCACCGUUACCAUCCCAGCACCCACCGGCACUUCACUCUCUCUGCUCUUAAUCGUUUUCUAUUCUUUUUGCAAGUUCUGUCUUCUUUGUUCUUCUUUGCUAGUAAACUCAUACCUGUCAAAUAUUGUCAAAAAUGAGUUGGAGAUACAAAGGUGGGUUGAUUCUCAUCAUCACUGUUGUGAUCAUGUGGGUCACUUCUGCAGAAGUCACUCAGGGUGUUUUCGAGGACUAUGAGCACCCAUUCGCAGUGACCUAUCUCGGGACUUCGCUCUUGGUGUUCUAUCUUCCCAUAGCAUUCUUCAAAGACUGGUUACUGAAGUCCCUAAAAUCCCACACUAGUGAAAGUGGUGAUAGUGUGGAGACAGUCGAUGCAAUCUGUGCAGGUCCAGAUUCUCCUGGCAAAAAUAAUGGGAAGCAGGGUAAUCUUGAAAUGGAAAAUCAAGAAAAGCUGACUGUGGUGGAUUCAACAGGCAAAGAACUUCAUUUACUUGAAGAAGGAAAGGCCUUUGUUUUGGAAGCAAAAGAUGAUGACAUUGUGGAACAAGAGGAGAAGUUGUACAGCAAGCAAAUUCUCAAAGUCGCCUGCAUCCUUGCGCCUAUUUGGUUUGUGUCUGAGUAUUUCAUGAAUGCUGCACUCGCACGAACAAGCGUUGCCAGCACUACGAUAUUGUUCUCGACAUCAGGACUUUUCACCCUUCUGAUUGGUGCAUUUCUAGGACAGGACUCCAUAAGUGUAGUAAAAGCAAUCUCGGUCUUUAUCAGUAUAGCCGGAGUCGCCAUGACUACACUAGGGAAGACUUCAAGUACCAAUCAAUCACAAUCCAACACAACUGUAACCUACUCUCUUCUAGGAAAUCUUUUCGCAAUUCUCUCGGCUGCAACUGAUGGAUUAUUUGCUGUGCUUCUCAAAAAGUACGCUGGAGAAGAAGGAGAAAGGGUGGACAUGCAAAAGUUAUUCGGUUGUAUUGGACUAUUCUCGCUUCUCGCGCUUUGGUGGCUUGUUUGGCCUCUCAUUGCUCUAGACAUAGAGCCCAAAUUUGCCUUUCCUCAGUCUGCGGCCAUGGGGGGAGUUGUUCUUGCCAACUGCUUCGUCGGAAGUUUCCUCUCUGAUUAUUUCUGGGCGCUCGGUGUUGUUUGGACCACUCCUCUUGUGGCAUCGCUAGGUGCCUCCCUCACGAUACCCUUCGCCAUGUUGGAAGACAUCCUAAUACAUGGUCGGCGGUUUUCGCUGAUUUACAUUCUUGGCUCGGUCCAGGUAUUCCUGGGAUUCGUAUUAGUUAACUUGUCAGACUGGCUCUCACCAAAAUUGGCAUUGCAAUUUUUUCGUUCAUUGACAUAAUUUUGUACCUGUGUACAUCUGAGAUGCUCCGGGUCCAGGAUAGAUACAGAUAAAUCCGUUGCUUCUCUCUCUUUAAGCAUGACCUUCUUUACUCGAUAAAUAAAUAGUAACGAUUUCACGAUCAGGUAAACACACAGAACUAAAUUGAAGCGGAAAAUCAAGUUCUAAUUGCUGCGGCAAGUCAUUUGAUCCAUUCCACAAUAUAUGGAUUUUAACUAUGAAAUCGAAAGGCUGCUAACAUCUACUUUCAAUAACAACAAAAUAAGUUGCGUUGUUU